AUGGCUCUCGAUGCUGCGAGCAAUGGGAAUUUCAACACCAGGUAUCCACAUCAGGCUUACCAACUUAUUGAGAACUUGGCAUCUAGCAAUAGUACCAAGAAUGCUGAUUUAGAGAGGAAGAAGCUUGGUGGAAACAUGGAUAGAAGUCAAAUUGCUGAGGUUAAGGCUAAGUUAGAUUCUGUGCAUGGCCUUCUUGUGGGAAAGAAAUCAGUUCAAUUUGCUGCUGAGGUUGAAAUGUGGAUGAAGAAGAUGUUAAUUUCAUCAAUGGAGCUGGGUUUCAAGGACAGAGAUGGGCCAAUCAACAAGGAUAUGGUUCCUCUUAUCAUAAGCCUUAUGGUUCUUCUUCUUACCAGAAACCUCCUGAACAAGACAAUGAGAUGA